UCAGUCGUUCAGUCAGUCAGUCAGUUUCUUCUUUUAUUUAUAUUAUGAUGACAUAAUAACCUACAUAAAUAUCUAUUUCAAUUAUCAUCGUUUUAAAUAUCACUACGUUGUAUUUCUUUUAGUGGUUGUUACUUAAAUGAAUCAAUUUUGUUUGUUUCAUUAAUUUUUAAUCUGCGCUGUCAAUAUUUAAGUAGGUAACUACAUUUUAUUUUGAAUAUGUUAAGGCCAGGUGCCGUAGCCGAAUGGAAUUUCUGCGGCGCGAAACGAAAACACAAUGCCGCGAAAGAUGGUUCUGAGCCAGCAAUGCGGCUGUAACCAGUACUACCCGUCCGGCAUAAGCUCCCAGAGCUGCGGUUCGUACGGCGGCACCGGCACCGGACAGGUGGGCGUGUCCGGUAACAUCGACGCGUGCGGCAACACCUGCGUGCAGGGAUCCGUGCCCGUGCUCGGCGCCGUCGACUUCGGCGGAUGCGUGCCCGCCUGCGGAUCCGUGUCCAUCUGCGGACAGUGCGGAUGUGGAUGCCAGUAAUUUACUAACGUCACACUAAGUUCAAUUAAAUAAAAGAAAAAAAAAUAA